GACAAUAUGCCUGUUGCGACGUCAUCCCGCCGCCUGCGCAGGCAAGAUACCGAUGAUAUCGAGGAUGCCACUGCGACGCAGGUGCGCGAUGAGGAGGUCGACGACGUCGAAGCUGCAAGCCAGCCGCGCCGGACCAAGGGCGCGAAAAGGGACAAAAAGGCGAGACAAGAGCUUGAAGACGAAGGCGAUGAGGGGGGCAACGAUAAUGGCCAACACGUCGAUAACCCCCUGGCAGACUUCGCGGACCAGCCGAUCGACAAGCAGCAAGCAGGGCGUAUCAGUGGACUCUCUCAAGAUUGGGCACAGAUCAGGGGAUUACAUAAUUCUUCAUAUUCCCUUGUGCAGGACAUUGGCUCUGCAUUGGCAGAGUUCACGGAAGGUGAAAAGGCUGAGAAGAAUUUGGCCGAAAUCGACAAGAUGAUGAGAUCCCUAAUUGACACAGAGAACGAGCUUCGGGCGCAUGAAGACACUCUAACUGAUUUAUACCAGCAAGUGAUACGUGGCGAAGCAGUCCCCGAAGUUAUCUCUCGUUACGACAGCGGGGUUGGGACACGACAGAAGGACUACGGGAAGAAAACUUCUCGCCAGAAAUACGCCAAACACGAAGACUAUGCCAACUUCCGCCAGGGAAUAUAUGAGAUACAACAUCCUGAUGAAGCCAUGCCGCCGGUUGCGGAUUUCAUUCCAGCAGAGGAAGGCGAUGAUAGCGACGAUGACGACGACGUCCAAGUUGGAGGGGUUACACAGGACUAUAGAUGUCCUCUCACACUUAAGCUGCUCGAGGAUCCGCUCACAUCAAGCGUGUGCAACCACUCUUUCGAUGCUUCUGCCAUCCGCGAGUUUCUCAAGAACGAUCGGACGGCGCGUCAGAAGUGCCCGAAUGCGGGUUGCCAUAAGAUCAUCUCACUAAAUGAUCUUAAGCCCAAUAAAGAGCUCGCCAAAAAGGCCAAGGAAGCUGCACGACGUGAACGCAUGCGCGAAGAGGAAGAUAGCGAAGACGACGAGAAUGUCAUCGAGUAGGCAAGAUGAUCGUUCCGGGCUCCGCACUAGUUUAGAGGUCUGUAAUGG